AUGAGAAGAGAUUAUCACGGCGGAUUGAUCGGCUUCUCUAGAUUCUUAAGCUUCAUUGAUACAAAAAUCGGUUCUUCGAAUUGUCAAUGUAGGCUUCUCUGUAUCACAAAUGAUGCUUUAACAACGACGCACACUUUCUCUCCAUUUCUCAGAAAAUGCAUAGAGGAAAGAUCUAUAUCAGGAAUCAAGAACGUUCAAGCUCAGAUGCUCAAAUCUGGUUUUCCGGUACAACAUUCCGGCAGCAAACUCGUCGACGCGUGUUUGAAGUGUGGCGAGAUCGGUUACGCACGCCAGGUGUUCGAUGGAAUGUCUGAGAGACAUAUUGUAACAUGGAACUCUCUGAUUUCGUAUUUUAUCAAGCAUAUAAGAAGCAAGGAAGCUAUUGAGAUGUAUAGAUUGAUGAUCACGAACAAUGUUUUGCCAGAUGAGUACACUUUGUCCAAUGUUUUCAAGGCGUUCUUAGACUUGAGACUUGAAAAAGAAGCUCGGAGAAGCCACGGACUUGCCGUGAUUCUGGGUUUGGAAGUCUCGAAUGUGUUCGUUGGAAGUGCCCUCGUUGAUAUGUAUGUAAAGUUUGGUAAAACGAGGGAGGCAAAGUUAGUAUUGGACCGUGUGGAGGAGAAAGAUGUAGUUUUGAUCACUGCUUUGAUCGUUGGUUACUCGCAGAAAGGCGAAGAUACAGAAGCUGUGAAGGCAUUUCAACGUAUGUUGGUGGAGGAAAUUCAACCUAAUGAGUAUACUUACGCUAGUGUAUUGAUAUCUUGUGGAAACUUGAAGGAUAUAGGUAAUGGCAAGUUGAUUCAUGGACUUAUGAUCAAGUCUGGGUUUGAUUCUGCUCUUGGUUCACAAACUUCUCUUCUUACAAUGUAUUUAAGGUGUAGUUUAGUUGAUGAUUCCUUGCGGGUUUUCGAGUGUAUUGUGUACCCAAAUCAGGUGACUUGGACUUCUCUUAUCUCGGGGCUUGUCGAAAACGGUAGAGAAGAAAUGGCCCUUACCGAAUUUAGAAAGAUGAUGCGUGAUUCCAUAAAGCCAAACUCUUUUACGUUGUCGAGUGCUCUCAGGGGGUGUUCAAAUCUCGCAAUGUUUGAAGAAGGCAGACAGAUUCAUGGGAUAGUGACUAAAUAUGGUUUUGAUAGAGAUAAGUAUGCCGGAUCAGGGCUCAUCGAUCUGUAUGGGAAAUGUGGAUGGUCAGACAUGGCAAGGUCGGUGUUUGAUACGUUGAGUGAAGUUGAUGUUAUAUCUUUGAAUACGAUGAUCUAUAGUUAUGCACAGAACGGUUUCGGACGCGAAGCACUCGAGUUGUUUGAGAGAAUGAUAAAUCUUGGACUGCAACCGAACAAUGUAACAGUCUUAAGCAUACUCUUGGCUUGUAACAAUUCUGGAUUAGUUAAGGAAGGUUGUGAAUUCUUCGACUCAUUCAGAAAGGAUAAGUUUAUGUUAACGAAUGAUCAUUACGCUUGUAUGGUAGAUAUACUUGGAAGAGCAGGGAGAUUAGAAGAGGCGGAAAUGCUAAUAACCGAGGUUAUGAACCCUGAUUUGGUUCUGUGGAGGACGCUACUCAGCGCCUGUAAGGUUCAGAGAGAUGUAGAGAUGGCAGAGCGGAUACAGAAAAAGAUCCUUGAUAUUGCACCUGGAGACGAAGGAACCCUCGUUCUAAUGUCAAAUCUCUACUCAGCCGCAGGGAAAUGGAACAGAGUGAUCGAAAUGAAGAGCGAGAUGAAAGAAAUGAAGCUGAAGAAGAAUCCAGCGAUGAGUUGGGUUGACGUCGAUAGAGAAACGCAUACAUUCAUGGCUGGAGAUUUGUCUUCGCAUCCAAACUCGGCGCAGAUUCUUGAAACUCUGGAAGAGCUGAUCAAGAAAGCUAAAGAUUUGGGGUAUGUCGAAGACAAAAGCUGCGUGUUUCAAGACAUGGAGGAGACUGCGAAAGAGAGAUCUUUGCAUCUACAUAGCGAGAAACUCGCCAUUGCUUUUGCAGUUUGGAGUAAUGUUAGUGGAAGUAUAAGGAUUCUAAAGAACCUUAGAGUAUGUGUUGAUUGUCACAGUUGGAUCAAGAUCGUAUCAAGAGUUAUAAAAAGAGAGAUUAUUUGUAGAGAUGCAAAGAGGUAUCAUCAUUUCAGAGAUGGGUCUUGUUCUUGUGGAGACUAUUGGUAA